UGGUUCGGGAUGGGUUCCGCUGUAUCAGCGAUAGAAAAGGCUACGAUAGAGGGAUUGCUAUGCGUAGCGAAGAAAACAGGGUACUCGAUACCCCGACAGGAACUUGUGGACCUUUUGUUUUGGUGCCGGAAAAGGGGGUUGUUAGAAAAUACGGCAGUUAUUUUCCAAAGAUCAAUGGCGUAAGAUAGGAGAAGAAUUGUGGGAGAGCGUUCAGACAGAGCAUAAAGGGGCGAAGAAAUUAACACGCACUUACCGCUCCAUUAAGCUCAUGAUUGAUCAAAUGCAUGCAGAGGCGGAAAUCGCAGCUGCGUUGAAGGAUGCCUUGAGUGAGAGUACGAAAAACUCGGACUUGGGGGAAACGGACUUAAUCGAGGGGGGCCCCCUCCCUGAUCCAGUGCCCCCCCGUACCUCCCCUGAAAAAACAAAAAUUGCUGCACCAGUGCAUAAGAAGGGGGAGUUUGAUGACUUAAUUAUCCCCUGGGACCCCUCAGAUGAGUUGCCCACGCAACCAUCUGCACCCCCUGAGCCAGAACCUAUGGAGGUACUGCCCGAAAAUGUACCCUUGCCGUCUGAUGAUGAUGACGAACUACAAAAAGAAUCGCCUUAUGCUGAACUUGUGAAAGAACUAAGGCAACAGCGCCACCAAAUGGCAAGGUUAAUGAUAGCUGUGAAAAAUUUAGACAAGGAUGGUGAUACGGGUAAAAAGAAAGAAAUGUAUAAAAAAGCCAUGGAGGCAAUUAAAGAAGGAAUCAAGAAUAUUGAAAGACAGUUGGACCAAAAGGAGAAAUUAGACGCCGGGGGACGAGAAGGGAUCGAGAGGGCAAAGGGGUAUAUCCCUAAAAGAGUAAACGAAUAUAUCCCUACAGAUCAUUCUUUUGACAUGGGGCGGAGACAGAAUGGAGCAGAAUGGACACCUUUAGACUGGAAUUUGGUCUCAAAAUUACAACAAAGUGUUAUGGCCUAUGGAGCCACUAAUUCGGCUGUACGAAGACAGAUGACAGCCUUUAUGAAAUACCAGGAGCUUGUUCCUGCCGAUAUUAGAUUGCUUAUGGAAACUCUCCUAGGGGCUACGGCUUUUACAAUGUUUCUGGUAAAGUGGCAGGAACGCUUAGAGCUAAAACAACUAGACAAUGUCUAUUUACCAGACGGGGAUCCACUGAAAUAUGCUACUUUGGAAAUGUUAAUGGGAACCGGGAGAUAUAUAGAUCCACAACGACAAGCAGCUCUUCCUCCCCGGGUGCUUUCACAAAGUAAGGCUGCUGCCCUAGAAGCUUUUAGUGCCUUACUGAAAAUGGGGAAACCAAACCCUCCCUAUUUACAGAUAAAACAAGGGGAUGAUGAAUUGUUUUUGACUUUUAUGGAUCGAGUGAGAGACUCAAUUGACAGCAACCCCGAUAUAGACCCAGAUAUUAAAACACCCUUGUUAAAGGAAGUUGCUACCCAGAAUGCUAAUACAACAUGCAAAAGGCUUAUUGCUACCUUGCCCCAGGGCGCAUCUUUAGUUCAAAUGAUUGAUAUUUGUUCAAAAGCACCCUUGGAGGAGGAAAAGCAGCGGGCUAAUAUACAUGCCGUCGCUUUAGCGGCUGCCCUUAAACACGGGGGGUUGGGAAAAGGAGACAACGGCCCUGGGAGGGGACAAUGCUAUCAAUGUGGACAGAUGGGACAUUUGAAAAAGCAUUGUCCUCUCAAAGGGAAAAAGGAAUUCUCAAAACCGUCUGCAAAUAUAUGUAACCGUUGUGAUAAGUUUGGUCAUAAAGCUGCAGAUUGCAAGUCCCGAUUUAAGAAGGACGGAACACCGCUGUCGGAAAACUUCCAGCGCCGCGAGUUGGGCGCGGCACCGAAAUACUCAACAGCACAACAGCACGCCAUGGCUGCCUCUAUGAGCUCACAGCAGCAACCAACGGAAGCGCAGGCGUCGACCUGGCCGUGGCAAGAACAGUAACUAUUUCAACUGGGGAGGUGACAGUGGUGGAUUCAACUGCCACUGGUCCAUUGGGGGG